AUGAAGAACUCCGUCAUCCUUUCCGGCCUUGCCCUUGCCGCCUCUGUUGUUGCUCAAGAGAGCCUCAUCAGCAUUCCUAUAGGCCUCUGUGCCGGUAUCCUUGGCGAUGCCACCUGCGACCAGUCUACAUCUGCUGCUGGCGGAUUGAUCGAUGUCCCUUUGAACGCCUGUAUCGCAGCUCUCGGAGACGUCAAGUGCAAUCAGGUUUCCAGCGCCUCAGGCGACCAAAGCUCUUUGAUCAGCGUGCCCAUCAACAUCUGCAUUGCAGUCCUCGGCGAAGUUACUUGCAACCAAAAAGCUUCCGCUGGCGAUGGUCUCAUUGAUAUUCCUAUCAACCUCUGCCUUGCUGUCUUGGGAGACGCUGACUGCAAGCAAAACAACGGAGGCGCCGGUACUGGCAAAACGACCUCUGUCGUUGGUACUGCUACUGUUCCCACCACUGGCAUCCCUACUAUCACUGGCUCUGGGGUUGUCACUAGCAUCCCCACUGUCCCGGCAGUUGUUUCAACCCGCGCCGCUUCUACUUUCACUUCUUACUCCACUAUCAGCGGCCCUGCUCCAUCUGGCGGCUCUGCCACUGGCCCUGCUAUUGUUGUCCCUCAUACCAUUGCUAGCUCCGUCGUUCCAGGAGCUGCCACUACCUCCCCGGUCGCCGUUGCGCCUGUCGCUGGUGCUUCCAGCACCGUCUAUGUCGUUGGAACCAGCACAACCACCUACUGCCCCGGAAACACUGCUCCUUCUACUCUCAUCCCUGCUCCUAGCGCCCCUGCCGUCGCUCCUACAGGCAUCGUUCCUCGCCCAUCCAGUUCGACAACCGGUGUGACUCCUGCCUUCACCGGUGCCGCUGGCCGCUUGGAGAUGUCCGGUAUGGCCGUCGCCCUCGGUGCUAUGGCCAUCAUUGGAUUCCAGCUUUAA